UCUCAGUCAAGAUGUGCGGCACUAAAUACCGGCGAACCGCAAAUCAUCGCUCGUUCUGACAGGGCCCCCAACCAAGCCCAGCGCGGUACUAGCACAUUAUUCGCCUAGCUCCAUCGGUUAGCCAGGAACUGGGAACGAUAGUGACCUCCACUUCCGUGCAGAUCUCUAUGCGAGGCGCACGUCUCGGACAUGAAAGGUGAGCUGCUGCUAAUAAUUGACGGGUGCGGUGGAGUGCGCCUGUUUAGAUUGGUCCGGGAAGGACAGUCCCGAAGGGUGUCGGGCUGCAGCAUAUAGUCCACCGGUUGCGAUGGACUCGACUUGUACAUAUCUAUGGUGGAGGACGCUCGGGAGGAUUGACUCGCUCCAGGAGUUUCAUUCUUUCUUGUGAUUCGCACCCUCCUGCUUGCUUUGUAGAUUCGAUUGAAUCUUGUCAUUCAUUUUGUACCAGACGAAGGGCCGCUAUCUGUGAACAUCAUGGCUCCGAGUGCGCGGGGCUGGCAGAUGAUCGAGAUCGUCACCGUUUUGGUGGCGCUGUGUUUUAUCUCGGUCGUGUUGAGAAUUGUCGCCCGUUUGCAGCGGAGAGUUGGGUUUGGCGUUGAUGACUAUCUCAGUGUCAUAUCCAUGGUGCUGAUGAUUGCCAUGCUCAUUGAGUUGGGACUAUGGUGCUCGAUCGGAGGCAACGGGGCCCACGUUAAGGAUCUCGAUGCAGAUACUCUGAUGAAUUACUGGAAGAUCUUCCUCGCCAACCAAUUCACCUAUUUCCUCCUCUGCCCCGCCAUCAAAAUCUCCAUUAUCUGCUUCUACCGCCGCGUCUUCACAACCCCACGCUUCCAAACCUUCACCUUCGGUCUAAACUGUCUCAUCGGCGCAUGGGGGACGGCCAUCUUCCUCGCGUGCGCAGGCCAAUGCCGCCCACUGCGCGCAUACUGGGACCACAGCGUCGAGGGCCAAUGCUUCGACGCAAACCUCUUCUUCAUCGUCAACCAAGCCUUCAACGUACUCAUGGACUUUGUCAUUCUCGUCCUCCCAGUUCCCAUGAUCUGGAAUCUACACCGUGCUUGGCAAGACAAGCUCGCGCUGAACGGUGUUUUUGCGCUGGGUGCCUUUGUCUGCUUUGCGAGCAUCUACCGCAUCGUCGUGCUCUUUUGGAUCAGUCCGUCCGACCCUACGUACACUGUCUACCAAGCCACCCUCUGGACACACGUUGAGCCCUCCGUAGGCUUGAUCUGUUCCUGUCUGCCGAUUAUCCGUGGUCUCUUCCCGGCCCUCAAGCUGAAGAAUCGAUCGAAUCGAAGUGAUCGCCCGUACUAUAUCAACACUGACUUGAGCAACUCCAAUUUCCUCUCCAAGUCGAGUCCGCGCUCGCCGGAUUUGGAGUAUAUGAAGAUGGAAGCGGGUACGUACGGAGCGCAAAUUGAGCGUAUGGGGGCGAAGAUGGGUCAUGGUCGGUUUUUGGGUGAUGAUUUGCAUCCGUUGAAUAUCAAGGUUCAGACUGAUAUUGCGAUUACACCGGAGAGUGGCUCUAAUACGUCCGAGAAUGGACAUACCUAGCGUCAGUGAGAUUGUUCUGGGUUUGGAUCCUGAUACGAUGUGAUGAUUUAUACAUUCUUUUCUAAGG